CUUGCGCAUGCGCACCUCUUAAUCUGUCAGACAGCAGCAGCCAGUAAACAUGGCUGGUGUUGGUUUCCGACGGUGGGCCCAAGCUCUCUGUAAAGCGAAAGGAUCUGGAAUUCCAGCCCUUCUGUCGGGAUGUAGAGCGGCCUCUGGUGUGUCAAAGGAUUCUCUGCCUGGUCCGUACCCGAACACCCCAGAGGAGAGGGCUGCAGCUGCAAAGAAGUACAACUUGACGGUUAAUGACUAUGAACCAUAUCCUGACAAAGGAGAAGGGUAUGGUGACUAUCCAAAGCUACCGGAUAGAUCUCAGUGUGAGAGAGACCCCUGGUACCAGUGGGACCACCCUGACCUGAGGAGGAACUGGGGAGAGCCGAUGCACUGGGAUUUUGACAUGUACAUCAGGAACCGUGUGGAUACAUCUCCCACUCCUGUGUCCUGGUCCAAAAUGUGCAAAUACCUGUUUGGUUAUAUCGGGUUCAUGCUGUUUAUGUUCUACCUGGGGGAGAAAUUCCCAGCCUACCAACCUGUUGCACCUAAACAGUAUCCCUAUAACAACCUGUACUUGGAGAAAGGAGGAGAUCCAGACAAACAACCAGAGGAAGUCAAACAUUAUGAGAUCUAAUGGUUAAAUCUGAUUCUACCCAUGUGUGUGUAUAUAUAUAUUUCUGUCAAGAAUAAAGACAUAUGUUAACAGUUCAAA